UUUUGCAGGUAUUCCCUGGUUUUCGCCGAACGGUCACACUUGGCGCGCCCCGUUAUAUAUAGUAUGCAUUUGUAUUUUUCGAUCGGCCGCAGAUCGUUCGGAUCGGAAAAUCCGGUUCGGCAAGCGGGCUUUGGGGCAAAACAAAGAAUCUUGUUCUGGUCAUUAUUUUUCCAUCCGCGAAUUGUCAACUGUUGUUCGGCAAAUAGUUGUUGUACUCCAUCGGAGCCAGCAACAAAAACAACCGCGGAUCGCAAGAGAGGAGAGAAAGAGAGAGAGACUGGUGCAAACAAUGCGUACGGGUGCGCAUGUGUGUGUGAGACAUUCCGCAAGUGAUUCAUUCAUUCCGCAAGAAUAGUAAAUAAAUAAAUAACAUAAGGAGGUGCAAACUAGAACAAACAAAUGGACACAUUUGUGGAAAUGUGUCACCAAGUGGCGGCCCUAAAAUAUCAGUGCAAUAUCAAUAUGUGUCGGAAAUCUGCCUAGCAAGUUUUACUGACACUUUGCUUUUCGCCCACCGCUCUCUCUCUCACACUCUUUGUUUUCGUUUUUUUAUUGUUGUGCUCUGUGUGUGUUUGUGUUGUGAAUAUAAAGCGAAGUUAAGGUGACCACGCACAAACUGCAUACGAAAUUUGAACAAGGAAAAAGCGAAAGGCUCAACCAUGGAGCAGGCGCGUCCUGUGCCCGCUCCCCGCCGCCUCUAUCCAGAGCUGCGGCCCGCCAACUACGAGAACAUCGAGAUCAGAACGCCCAAUGGUCCUAGCAACAAUAUGAACCACAAUAACAAUAAGAAGCUCAACAUAAAUGCGGAGAAUCUGCACGGCAAUUGUGCGGAAAAGAAGCUGCCAUCGAGUGGACAAAACAAGUUGAUCCUGCAGGAGAACAACUCCGAUAGUCAGCAGCCGAUCUACGGUCCGGAUGCCAAUGAGAAUGUCCAGGAGCCGGUGUAUGCGACACCAAGGCCAGCUCCACGCCAGCGUUUCCCACCAGCGGGGGAGUCGGAGGAUCCCGAUCCCGAGGACGAGGAUGAGGUGCCACUGAGGAUUCUGCGAGCGGCACCACAAAUUCCUCCCAAGCCACUUAACAUCCUGCCCGACCAGCGAGCCUCGAUUUGCAGCGAGUUUUCCACCACCAGUGUCCAGACGCCGGGCAAAACUGACGAGGACCGGUACGCGUCCAAUGCUUCACUGGACUGCAGCGAGAGCUCCCAUAGCGGCAAGUUCAAGUCGCAGUCACCCGGGUACGUAGACGCCGUCGAUUCAUCCAUUCCGCAGUCGGAUCAUCCGGAUCCAAACGGGAACCAUCCACAGGCAGAGUCCUCCUCCGCAGAACAGUCCUCCGGGAGCCAAGAUGGCGACGAUGACAAUAACCUGCUUCGAUCGCUGGGCACCACAUCUAAGCUGCUUGGAGAAGCCAUAGGCGAGCGAAUCACGGUCAAGGCCAAGGGAGCCAAGAAGCGACUGGACAGGAACCUGAAGAGCUCCACGGAGGCAAUCAGUACCCUUGGAACGGAUGCUGGCCGGAGUUUGAAGCACGCCGGCAAGAGAUUCGGCUCCAACUUCAGUCUUGGCAGGAAUAAGGACAAGGUGGAAGUAGGCGUAAGGCCAGGGGGAUCGGGCGAAAUGGAUCUGGACAGGCGGCAGACAAUGCCCAAUACGGAGGUCUUUAGCACGAUCCAGUUCUCGAGUCCAUUGAACCGAAACGGUGGACUCUCGGACCUGCGUGAAAACGAGACAAAGCUGCAAAAGCAGGAGUAUCUGCGUCCGGAUCCGGAUCAGCAGGACGACGGCUGCUAUGAGGUGCCUAAAACGCAAGGCAAACCGCCCAGCUACGACGAGGCACUGCGGUCACGUCCCUCGCCCAGUGCCUCGCCAAUGUCCAGGAAUCUCGCCCAGGAGGCUUCCCAAUUGGUGCAGUUGCGAAACCAGCGGCAGCCGAGCAGCAGCUCCUCAAAUGGCGACGAGUCGCCACGACUGCCCAUGCCAGCUUUUCCUCCACCCCGCCUCUCCCAGCAACCGGAGCAGUUCCGCCUGGAUGCACUGCAGCCGCCGGUGCGCCAGAAGCGUCGGAAGAACUACGAACACAUCGAACUGCGACGUCCGCCCGUCGACUCCGCCAACCUGGAGGAACUCAAUCGGGCUGCAGCGGCCGCAGAGCGCGAGGAAUCCCUGCUGAUCUCCGUCAAGAAUGCUGAGGCGGAGACCAAGACACCGAAACCGGAACGCAGCGAUUCGUGGGAGUUCUACGGUGAAGACGAGAACGAGAACGAGGAGGAGGAUGAGGAACAGGAGGGAAGCUCCUCGCCCGAACCUGUGUACGCCAACCAGGAGGCAACCUACGGCAAGCUUUUUGAAAUGGCCACAGCAGGGAGCAGUCGCAGCAAUGUGCUGACCCCCAACCAGGUGGCGGAGCAGCAGCAGCUGGCCUGCAUCACCGAGGAUUCCGAAUUGGAUGCCGGCGAAGGAGCUGUGGGCGGGGUUCCCCUGCCGCAGGCCCUCAUAGAGGAGUUCGACCCGCUCAGCAGCAAGAGUUCGACCCUGGCCAGGUCCAACAAAAGCAACGAGUUGCUGCUGCUCGAGCAUCUGCUCGAGGAGGACACCUACGGCACGGUAAAGGCGGAGCAGGACGAUGUGAGCAUGUGCACCUCCGAAGAAGAGCCCACGCCGAGUGCCGCCACAUCCCCUAAGCCCCAGCAGCCGCAGAUAGUGCACCAGAAUGCCCGUCUGCUGAGUGAUAGCAUGGAGAACAUGUUGGACUCGGAUCAGGAGCGCGCCAGAGACGAGGAGCGGGCAAAGCCCUAUCUCAGCCGAAUGCCAGUGUCGGCAAAUAAAGCCAGUGGACCUGUGGACUUGAGCAGCGCGUCAAGGAAUCGAACCAACUGGUUUGUGCCGGAUAAGGCAUCAUGUUCCGAUGUGACACCCACUGCAUCUAAAACUACGGCGCCCAUCGAGGGCGACAGCCCACCCACAUAUCUGGAAGCGAUUGGAGGCAGCAAGGAUGCCGCCGGCAGUCAGGAGAAUCGCUCCACCAUCGGCUCUCGCUUCCGGCAAACCAUCAAUGCCAUAUCCAAUGUAAAACUGAAAAUGGACGCCAUGAAGCGAAAGGCCAGCUUCAGGGGAGCCAAUCAGCGGCAGUCCGACGUGCGGGUGGCCCUGCAAAUGGUGCCCAGACCCAGUUUAUCGCCUUUGCUAGUCCGCUACGAGGGUCCGCUGGUUCGUUUUCCAUCCGGUGUCGUGGAGGAUAUACUUAAGGAGAUGCAGAAUCGCAAGGCCAUACUCAGGGAACGCCAGUUUCAGACGUUCCUCGACCAGGAGAUGAAGACGCCCAGGGAGAUGAUACCCCUGGACACGAUCACCACGCUGCAAUGCGUGAGCAACAGUCGCGUCACGGACACGGCUACCCAUUUCUACUGCUUCGAGAUAACCACGUCACAGCCGAAGAACGGAAAUGGAGCGGGGGACGUCAUGUCCUCCAACCCCAAUCUUCUCAUGACCAGCAGCGCGUCGGGCAAUGUAAAGCAGCAGCGUGUUUCUCAUCUGUAUGGCGUGGGCAAGGAGUCGGAACGCGGCGUCUGGAUGCAAAAGAUCCUCGAGAGCUUGACCAACAGCCUGCCGGUGAAGUACACUUGUCACUACUAUCGCGCUGGAUGGUGUUAUCUUAAGAACUCUAUCACCUCGGAGUGGAGCGGCACCUGGUUGGUGCUUCGCAAGAGCCAGCGACGCUUGAUCUUCGUAAGCGAAGCCAACGGCAAUGUGGAGAAGAUGGAUCUGCGCAAAGCACGCUGCAUAGUACUGAAGGAGAGCGACGAAUCCAUUGACAAUCUGCACGUGGAAAGCGGUCCCAUGCUGAUGAUUGACUGCCCGCCGUAUGCGGUCUACAUGAUCAUGAGUUCCGCCCGCGAGACGAAGAUCUGGAGGCACAUCAUCCGUGAAGUGGCCCACAACAAUGGCUUCUCGCUGGGCGAUCAACAGCUUACGCGGUACGAUGUGCCCGUCAUUGUGGACAAGUGUAUCAAUUUUGUGUACAUCCACGGUUCCAUGUCGGAGGGCAUCUACCGCAAGUCCGGAUCAGAGAACUCUAUGCACAAGCUUAUGAGCGCCUUUCGCGCGGAUGCCUUCAAUGUCGAGAUCACCCGAAAUGAAUACAAUGAGCACGAUGUGGCCAAUGUCCUCAAGCGCUUCAUGCGCGAUCUACCCGAACGAUUGCUGGGCAAGCUGACGGAUAGCUUUGUCUUCGUCACGGAGCUGGCGGUGGCCACCGAGAAGAUUCCCAUCUAUCGCGAGCUACUUGGCCGACUCUCCGCCAUCGAGCGCGAAACACUGCGGCGAAUUGUCGGUCAUCUGGUCUUCAUUAGUUCGCAGCAGGCCAAGAACAAAAUGAGUGUCCAAAACCUAACCAUGAUUUGGGGUCCCACGCUGCUUGCCAAGAAGAGCGACGAGCUCAUCUACUCGCAGAAGGAGGCGGAUGUGCUCAGCGAUCUAGUAGUGCUCUACAAAAAUCUCUUCCCCUGCAGUACCGAUGAAAUUAAACGGGAGCAAGCCAUGCUGGCAUGUCUGCAAAAGUAUUAUGCGGCGGCCGAAACGCUUAAGGAUGCGGUGAAGCAGUCCGGGGACAUUAAGAUCUGGAUCAGCCUGAAUCCCAAUCCUGAAAACAAAACAGAGGAGAAGACGCAAGUAAAUGCCACCAUAUCGCCCACAAAAACCGCCUACGAGCUGUGUCGCGAAUACUCCGCCAAGAUGCAGCUGCCCACCCACCAGUUGACCCUGUACGAGGUGAUCCUGAACGACAGCUUGGAGCGUCCGCUGCACCAUGACACCAAGGUGUUCGAUGUCAUUCUGAACUGGUCCUAUUGGCCGGAGGAGGAUCGCAAGCAUAACUACCUGGUGGUACGUCCAGUUGAGAUGCUGCGCGAGAUCCAGCGAGCUGUGAAAAAUCUGGCCACCGUAACGCCCGGCAAGGAGCUGCGAUUCGCCGACUCCAGAACGAAAACCUUUAAAACGCUUCAGUGUGAGCUGCGGGAUGGAAAGAUUGUGGUGUCCAAGAAGGACAAGAACGACAAAACGACCAUUGUGCGGGAGAUCUUCUUGCAGAGCAGCACAGCGUACCUGGGUUGCGAACGCAAACGAGACUUUCCCUGGAGUUGGGCCAUCACCUUUGUGGAGCGUACGCAGGCGCAGAUCAUGAGAUCGCGAGAUGCGCCAUUCAUUGGCCAUGUCCUGGCGGGUAGCGAGUGGGUGGACCGAACCAUUUGGUACUCCAGCAUCUGGUACUGCUUGUACAGGGACAACAUCUUGCCGCCGGCGGAGAUCAUCAUCAAGUAAAAGUGCCCUCUCCCAGCUGCCAAACAUAGAUUUUAACGCCGUCUUGUGCAUUUUUCUGUAGAUAUUCUGAAUUUAUUCGCAAUACUUAGGGAAUAUAUACGUUUAGCAAUAUUUUUACGAACAAUUUCGAAAAUUUUCCAAUAUUUCGAUAUUUUUCCAACGAAUAUAAUUUUUUUUACACUUUUUUGUAAAUAAUCAUUUUCACUGAAAUACCAAAUUGUACAUAAGCUUAAGGAACAUCAAUUGUAUAACUAAGUACAUAUAUGCCCCUUGUCUUCAGCAAAUCUAGCGUUUAUCUACAUAUGUAGAUAUGGCGAACUAUUAUUUAGGCACAGCCAAACGGAGCAAAUUUUAGGUUAGGUAAAGGUUUUGUAAAAUGCCUAAUUUUAUACGUACAUAUAUGUUUUCAAUUGGUUUUGCAUUUCUGUAAUGUUCACUUACAUUUAAAAUCAUUUAAUUAAUAAAGUUAAUUUGCUUAUGAUUAUUUUGAUAUAGUAUAACUAUCAAGUUCAUGUCAUUUGAAAUUACGCAAGCAAUUAUUGAAAAGAUGUAUAUAUCUCAGCUCACAUGAAAAAAUUGGAUUAUUAUUUGUUUAUUAGUUUCGACUGCCAAAAAUCAGCAGCUUCGAAGAUGCUUUUCAAUAUAAUUCAUUAAGUGGUGGGCGAGAAUGGCCAAACAAUCCCAGCUAUCAUAUUUUAGGAAUUCGGAUUUUUUGAACCCAGUUUCCUUGAGCUGC